UUGAUUACUAACUUCGAAUUCCAUCAAUGACAUCUUAAUAAUAUUGCAAUCUUUUUGCAACUUGAUCUAUUGCCGGGAAGUCCGGUUUCAGAUAAAGACAUGGAACACCGAGCCACAUAGUUUCCAAACUAAACCAUAGCUACUGUACUGUUUGCCUUUUUGCGUGAGACGCUUUUGGUCUACUAGUCCGCUUGGGGGCGGUAGCACCUUGGCUUCAAGAUGGUUUUCCAGAAACACCGUAAACUUAACUACACAGGAAGAGGUAGAUCCGUGCAUAUCUCACGUACAACCCGCGUAAACAAAUGCUAGCAAGCUAACUUUUGACAGAAGUAAAAGGAACCAUCAUUAUCAAAACAGAGCAACGACUGACUUGCCUGGGCUUUCCUUGCACCAUGUCUCGACCACUGGGAGAAAGCCAUAAAAGGUUCCUGCAAACCAUGAUGGUCAAUGGGAUCAUUGAUGGUGCCAAGGCAAGGGCUCUCCACCGGCAUUGCUGUGAGACACACGGUGCACACUAUGCUCAUGAUAAACUCGAUGAAUUCAUCGAGGUUAUCAAUGCCCAGCUGCAGCCCAUGUUCAUGCAGAUCAGAAAAGGGAUGUCUGAGGAGGAUGGUCUUCAGUACCAUGCUUUGGUGAACAUGGCCGAAACUGAUGUGACCAGGAUGUCAACUGAUUAUGCAGACAACGAGUUGGAAUUAUUUCGAAAAACAAUGGACCUAAUUGUGGACUCUGACAAUGGAACCGCCUCUUCCACGGACAUUCUUAACUGUGCCGACAGCCUCCAGACAAAGAAGCUAAAGAAAAGAGAAACGGAACAUGUACUGAACAGGCUUGUUCAGGAUAAGUGGCUGAAUGAGAAAAAUGGUGACUACUCUCUCUCCACUCGAUGUAUAAUGGAGAUGGAGCAAUAUAUUCGGAUGUUGUAUCAAGACCAGGUCAAGGUCUGCCACAUCUGUCACAAUGUGGCCUUGCAGUGCCAGAUGUGUGAAAAUCCUACAUGUGGCAUCAAAAUCCACACCCCUUGUGUCGCCAGAUACUUCAAAGGAAGGACUGAUCCACGAUGCCCUGCCUGUGAGGACUUCUGGCCACAUGAGAUCCCAGAUGUGUAUAGACCUGCGUCCUCUCAGAGCGAGACUCAGUCAGCAGCCAAAGAGAACACGGCCCCCACCCCCACUCCUCGGUCUACAGCUCAGACCCGGAGGACCAGGAGGUCAUAACCUUACGGAUGUAUGUAUAGCUGUCAGAACUUUCAGUGCAAUGUCUCCCGUGAGCUCCACUCUUAACUUGAUUAUCUCAAUUUUAUUAAGUUACUUUCUAGGGGAGCAAUUCUGGGAAGUGUGGCAACUACUUCAAUCAUUCUUUCAGGCAGUUUAAAUGGAAAGCUGUGUGUACAUAAUUUGUGCCUGUGGUUCAUUAGGAUGUUAAAUUAGAAUAGUACUGCCUUAUUUGAAUAAAUUAUGGACAUUACCUCA